AGAACGCAGGCGACGGAGCUCAAUUACUGGGACUGGCUACCUGUGGUUUCAGUAAUUCGAUGACGUCAUCAUAAACACAUCAUAGCAAAAUGGCGGAAGAAAGUGGUGGAGCUGGCUGGUGGGGCUCUUGGGGGAAUGAUUUGUUAUCGUCCGUAAAAGCGAAGUCAGCGGAGACUCUCUCAUUGGUCAAGCAUGACCUUGCAGAGUUCGUAACCACAAUUCACUAUGACACUUCUUCAACAAUUGCUGAUACUGCAACCAAUGUCAAGGAAAAACUAAAGGUGAAGGAGGACGAGGAGGAUGGCUCAACCACAACUGUUAUAAGACAAGGAAUGUCCAACUGGCUGGGAUCACUGUCUGCAGCGUUAAAAGACAACAUCUCCAAUGUUGCAGCAGCCAUUGGUGAUGACCCAGUGGCAGGCUCUUCAGGACAAGUUUUUGAUAGAAACCAGGCACGGCGCCAUGAGAUUCAGACCGACCCUGCCACAUACUGCACUGACCCAGAUGGUCACCCUGCCCAGUAUGAGGAGUGGUGCAAUGGAUUUGAUCUUGAGCAGCACAAGGGUGAGAUCUCGGAGCUCCUGGUCAACAUGCCAGAGAUCAGAGCCCUUUACACAAAACUGGUACCAGCAGCAGUUCACCACUCCCUGUUUUGGCAUCGUUACUUCUAUAGAAUUCACCAGCUUGACGAGGAGGAAAAGCGCCGUGCUGCCCUUGUUGAGAGGGCUAAUAAGAUGCAAGAAGAUGAACUUGGUUGGGAUGAUGAGGAAGAAGCAUGGGAUGCCGACGAUGUCUCGAAAGAAAAGAUUAAAGUGCAAGAUGAUGUCGUUAAUCUCACCACAAACGAACCCAUCAGCCAGGAAUCUGCAACUGAAGGACACGAUCCAACACCCAAUGAAACUGAACAGCUACCCACUGAAGACCAACAAGAUGGCGCAGAAGAGAAAUGGAGUGCAAAUAAGCUUCCAGCACCUUCUGCAACAUCACAAACCUCGCCUCAACCUGAAAGUGCUCCGGCACUCAACGCUGAAACAUCGCAUUCAGACGAACCAAGUAAACCUACAAAUAAACAAGUAGAUGAAGAAAAGGAUUAUUCUACUGAAUUAAAAGGUGAAGCAAGCGAAGUGAGUGUGUGUGUAGUUGAUGAGCACUCUAGAGGACAAGAGAAAGAUGACUUGACAGGAUCGCAUUUGGAUGCGACAGGGUGUGGUGAAGAUCACGCUGCGCUGAUCGCAGAAGCAUCGGCGGAGGAGCCCGAGAAAGAGAUCAAGAGAGAAAACAGCACAAAUGGAUCGAUAGACAGCUCCUGGUCCAAGAUCAGCGAUGAAGAGCUCAAGUCGCACUCUUGUAGAGACACCCUCCAUUUAGCAGCAGACUCCACCGGCAAACCAGUCCCGUCCCCCUCCCCCAGCGGUCGGUCCAGCUCCAGCGCCGUCCUGCUUCCCGCGGUGCCGGACGAGGAGGAUAUCGCCUGGGAUGACGACUUCGAUGACGAUGACGUCACCGAUCACGUCACAGCAGCUGGAGGAGCGGAGGACGAUGAUGAUGACUGGGAAAACUGGGAGUGAAGAUUCAUGUAACCCACAUCAAUACAUAGCUUGUGCUGUCCAAAGGGAUACACAAGAAGACGCGCGUGGUUUACUAGUGAUCGCCGUGUAUUGUUAUUAUUUGCUUUAAGUUUUUGCUAAGUUUAUUAUUUGUACUUUUAGAUCGUCACUGAUAACAAUGGACGAUACUUGCUAAAGGAACUUGUAUAUAAUAAAAAGGGUUCACUAGAAGUA